AGGAACUAGUUUUGUUGCACAUAGCACACUGCACUAGUAGAAGCACAAGGAGGAAUAGCAACUACAUCAAGUUUCAUGGCAUCUUCAGUUAUGGCUUCUUUGAGCCUCAAACCAGCACCUUUCACUGUUGAGAAGUCUUCAGUGAGAGGAAUUCCCUCCCUCGCAAGGAACCCUUCAGCCUUCAGAGUUGUUGCUAGUGGUGGCAAGAAGAUCAAGACUGAUACGCCUUAUGGAAUUAAUGGUGGCAUGAACUUGAGAGAUGGACUUGAUGCAUCUGGCAGGAAAGGAAAGGGAAAGGGUGUUUACCAGUUUGUGGACAAAUAUGGGGCCAAUGUCGAUGGAUACAGUCCUAUCUACGACACCAAGGACUGGUCUCCAACCGGUGAUGUCUACACUGGCGGUACCACUGGCUUGGCUAUCUGGGCUGUAACUCUACUUGGUCUUCUGGCUGGUGGUGCACUUCUUGUCUACAACACAAGUGCUUUGGUACAAUAAACUUUGCAAAUUGAUAUUUCAGUUAUAACCUAGUCCUUGUAACUAUCUAAAACUGAAGAACUAUUCAUCAAGUACUUUGUGGAUAUUUUCCUUCAGUUCUAUAAAUGUGUGGAUUUGCAAAAUGUUUUUGUUGGUAUAAUCAUGCAUCUUCAUCA